GGGACAGUUCCCGCCUCCCCUGGCUCAGCCCUUGACCCCAUCUGUGAAUGAGGCCGAGGCUGGACCCCCUGGAUACCCGGCUCUAUGCAGAACCUUCCCUGCCGCAGGCCGGAUCCUGGAGAGUUUCUGGACUCCCCUCAGGACCCCCACAGCUGCCCCCUGUGGUCACUGGACCAUCCCUGGACACAGCCCGAGCUCACAUGCUUGCUUUGGGGCCACAAAAACUGCUAGCCCAGGAUGAGGAGGGGGACACGCUUCUGCACCUGUUUGCAGCUCGGGGCCUGCGUUGGACAGCAUACGCUGCGGCUGAGGUGCUAAAGGUAUACAGACAUCUGGACAUUCGUGAGCAUAAAGGCAAGACCCCUCUCCUGGUGGCAGCUGCUGCCAACCAGCCCCUGAUUGUGGAGGAUCUGCUGAGCCUGGGAGCAGAGCCCAAUGCCACUGACCAUCAGGGACGGUCUGUCUUGCAUGUGGCUGCUACCUAUGGGCUUCCAGGAGUCCUCUCGGCUGUGUUUAACUCAGGGGUUCAGGUUGACCUGGAAGCCAGAGACUUCGAGGGCCUCACCCCUCUCCACACAGCCAUCUUGGCCCUCAAUGGUGCUAUGCGCCCACCUGACCUCUGUUCCCGAGUGCUGAAUACCCAAGCCCUGAAUACCCAAGCCCGAGACAGGCUGGCUUGUGUCCAAAUGUUGCUGCACAUGGGUGCUGAUCACACCAGCCAGGAGAUCAAGAGCAAUAAGACAGUUCUGCACUUGGCCGUGCAGGCUGCCAACCCUACCCUGGUUCAGCUGCUGCUGGAGCUGCCACGGGGAGACCUGCGGGCCUUUGUUAACAUAAAGGCCCAUGGGAACACAGCCCUCCACAUGGCAGCCGCCCUGCCCCCUGGGCCGCCUCAGGAAGCCAUUGUGCGGCACCUGUUGGCAGCUGGGGCAGACCCAACACUGCGGAACCUGGAGAAUGAGCAGCCCAUCCACCUGCUGCGGCCUGGCCCAGGCCCUGAGGGGCUCCGGCAGCUGCUGAAGAGGAGCCGUGUGGCACCCCCAGGCGUGUCCUCUUAGGACUCAAACCCAGAACCUGGACUGAUUUUCC